AUGCCUUUCGGAGGAGGAAACAAAUGCGGCUGCUGCCAGAAAACGGUUUACUUCGCUGAGGAAGUGCAGUGUGAGGGGAAGAGCUGGCAUAAAUCCUGCUUUCUGUGCAGUGAGUAUUUAAGUUUUCUGGUAAUCUGCUUUAUUCCUCCCGAUGCGUAAACCACUCUAAGAUCAGGGAGAAGUGUGAAUACGGGGAGGAAUGUAGAGUAUUUGGCAUCAGAGGAUGAAAGGGAGCAUCUGCAGGUUUAGCCCAGACAUCUCAGCCCUUAUUUGGAUACAGUGGAAACAUGUGAUAAAGGCCUGGUCUUCCUUAUAAGGCAGAGGAAGGUACACACACACACACUCAGCACAGACUAGUACUUACAUGAGGCAGCUUAGCUUGGAGUGGAUUUGGCAUAUUCUUCUUUGAAAUGUCACUCAUAGUUUGUGGCACUGUCACAGCAAGACAUCUGACAGACGUCAAAAGCUGAGUUUUUUUUUCCCUACAUGCUUUGCUGUUUGUGCUAAAGAGCUUAAAAGUAAGAAAAAAGUUCUUAGAGAUGCUCUAUGCCUUUUUCUCUGUCCUUAAAGAAAAACAUUAUCAAGUUUUAAAAAGCCCAAUCUAACCUUUCAGCUUUAUGAAUGUGAUAUACUUCCUAACACUGGAGUAAAGCCUGACUUAGCUAACAGCAGCUUCAGUCUCCUUUUUCACCAGCUUUGUCGGGUUUUGAUGAACCUGAAAAUUUUCAGUCCAAAUCUCCCUUUCCGGUACCACUAAAGGAACCAAAACUUAGUCAUACUUUUUGAGAAGGCUCAGUGACCACAAGGUUAAAGUAAACUUUAAAUCUAAGGUUGUUUGUUUUUUAUCCAUAUUUGUAGAACAGUGUAGCAUCUACACACUUUGGUUAGUGUUGUAAAAAUGACGUCGGUUAGUGUAAAUUUUGGUAUCUGUAAAUUUUUGAUUCAUCGCCCAGCUCUAAGUCAGGAUGACUUUGAACCUUUGUCAAUGUUGGUUUUGUUUAUAUGCUGUGACUCUAUGUUGCUGUGGUUGAGAAACUAAAGCACUUAAAGACUAAACUGAGGAGGAGCGAAUUUGAAGAAGACACCAUAUUCCAUAGUUUAAGACGUACUGGUUUAUAAUUGUCAGUUGAAGCGCAGACAUCACUUUCUGUUUAAAAGUUUAUUUGUAUCUACAGUUGUAUUUCGUUUUUGUCGUUUUUGAUACUGAAUAUAACUUGUUAUUCUUUGUUGUCAGUGGUGUGUAAGAAGAACUUGGACAGUACAACAGUCGCCGUUCAUGUGGAUGAGAUCUACUGUAAAUCAUGCUACGGCAAGAAAUAUGGACCAAAAGGCUACGGCUUUGGGGGUGGAGCCGGCACUCUGAGUAUGGACACAGGAGAGGGACUGGGAAUCAAACCUGAAGAGUGAGUAUAACACCUCCCUAGUCCUAAUUCAUCUGAACUAUGGAGGACAGUUAACAGUUACAUACUAACGUGUUAAAGUUGUCUCUAAAGUCAAAAUACGCAGGACAAAACUAGAUUCCCUUGGGGAUAAAACAAAAAUAAACCACAUGAGGGUAUCUGCCUUUGCUUAUGUCUUUAGCACCCGCCUUAUACGAGACACUGAUUUCUCUUGACAGACAAGCUCCUCAUCGUCCUACAAGUAACCCAAACGCCUCCAAGUUUGCUCAGAAACCAGGGGGCUCAGAAGUGUGUCCUCGAUGUGGGAAAACGGUGUACGCCGCAGAGAAAGUCAUCGGGGGAGGCAAUGUGAGAGAAAUCGACGUGUUAGGCUAAAAUCGAGUUAAAAAAAUCUCAAACCUCAGUGAGUUUUCUGUAUUUAUUCAUUUGAGCUUGAACCAUCUCUCUGCUCUCCUGACAGUCCUGGCAUAAAGGCUGCUUCCGCUGUGCAAAGUGCGGCAAAGGACUCGAGUCCACGACCCUCGCUGAUAGAGACGGAGAAAUUUUCUGUAAAGGUUUGUGAACAUCGACAGAGUUUGAUUUAACUUCCAUAAUGUGAGGAACUGUUUUCUUUUUUGUGACAUGAGGCACACUGAAUAUCUUUGGGGUCUGAAUUGUUGCAUGCAUGACAAAAGACGAUAAAUAUGUUCAUGAUCUUAAAGGGAUAUUCUGGCGUAAAUUAAAGUUAUGGUCAACCACACCAUAACACAUAACACACUGAACAUUAUUUGUGGCUAUAGAGUGGCGUUUUGGUUGAGCGCGUGGCUCUCUGUAUUACUAUCCUGCGGCCGUUACUAAAGUUGGUAUAACUAGAGAAGCAAGCGGUCAUCAACAUUCAUCUCUGGAGGGGGGGUCUAACUCGCUGUUACGGUGUGUUUGAACAAGACUUAAAUUUACGCCAGAAUAUCCCUUUAAGAAUUAUUCAAACAAAGCAACACAAAAUCUGAUUAUUGUUUACAUGAGUUAGUAUAAAAUAUAUUUCUGUGCUGUAUCACUUACAUUUUUGUGGUUCAAUAUGUAAUUAUAGAGAACUUAAUAUGUCACCGGUUUAACCACAACAGCAGCAGAGCAGAAGCAGUUGUCCUAAAUUCCUGAAGACUGGAUCGAUAGGUCAGCGGCCCCUCUGACCCUCUGCCAUUUAAAAUGUUUUAUUCUUUCCUGACUGAGAACCAAAUCUCUGCUCGGUUUAAAUAGGCCAACAUUUAACUGAAGUAGAUGUUAAGGGAAAUUAAGAUCCAAGAUUUUUGUCUGCUAUCUGCAGCCUGUGUUUGAUUCGUCUCUCUAAUGUCAUUCACAGGCUGCUAUGCAAAGAACUUUGGUCCCAAGGGUUUCGGCUUUGGUCAGGGCGCAGGAGCUCUGGCUCACUCCAAGUAA